AUGAUGAACAAUUUCCCUCCGCCGCCCGACGAGCCCAUCCCCGUCAUCCCCCGCGAUAUCGAGGCCAAGCGAAGCGUCCCGUUGCCCCGCAAAGCACCCACCGUCCGCAGUGGCAAGGCCUCCAUCUUCGGCAAGGCUUCUAUCCCUUCAGUCUACUGGGCCGGCGACGAUCCGACGCCUCUCAAUGGCGACGAGUACACAUUCUAUCGCGAGGGCACUCCGCCGCCGGAUGAAAAGGGCGCUGCCGCCUCCGCCGGAUAUGCACGGAAGAGGGGUCUGAGUCUAUACGAUGAGGAAAGGAGGGCGCGCCAGGAGAGGAGGCAACGGAAAUGCUGCGGGUUGAGGAUGUGGGUGUUUUGGCUGCUCGUCGCUCUCAUCAUCCUCGUGGUUCUUGGUGUCGGAGUCGGUGUCGGCGUCGGUGUGGGGCUCGGAGGAGGAUCAAAGUCGAACGAGGCGGACGGUGGUGCGGCGCGGACGAGCUCUGCGACGCCCACACGGACUUCAGGCUUGCCUGGAGCUGCCUCGGGGACUCCUAUGGCUAGUCCAACCGCAGUUCAGUCGGGAAGCGCCAGCCCAUCGACUACACUCGCCACGUCGACGAGGACCUCAUCUACAGCCUCUUCCUCACCCACCGCGACAUCUGGGCCUAAUGCUCUGUGUCCCGACGCGGAUAAUACGGUGUACAGCCCCACUGGGUCUGAUAAGCGGUUCCUGCGGGUAUGUGGCAUCGACUACAUUGGCGAGACGGAGGCGAUCGACAUGUCCAACAUGUUGGCGAAGAGCAUGGGCGAAUGCAUGGACAUCUGCUCCAAGACGGCACAAUGUACUGCCGCCGGAUGGGGCAACGUUACUACAACUCAGGGGACGAUGGAGCUACGGUGUUGGUUAAAACGGGAUUUGAAGAGUUCGCAUGAAGUGAAGGAGGGAUGGAACUUUGCCAUCUUGCUGUGA